AUGACAUACGUUGUCGCCUGGCCACCCGGCUUCCUCGAGCCGGCCCACAUUUGCGACCUCUCCUCGAGUCUGCUCGACCAGAGUGCUCUGAUCGAGGCCUAUCUGAUGCUCGUCGUCCCAGGCGCCCUUGCUUGCUCCCUUUUCGGGCAUUCAGAAUCCCUACAGCAGUCGGCCCGGACUGACGAUCCGGACAGUCUGUGGUGCUGGCAGCGUCGCUUGAUCAGUUUCUGGCGGGAGGAGAGGCACUUUCUCAGAGUACGUGAUCCCUAA